AGGAUGAAUCAGUGGCUCUUCUUUUGCGUGAUGUGGAGUGGCUUCACUUCAAUUGAUAUUGUCCCACUGUUUACAACUGAUGGCAGGGGAAGUCUUAGUCACAUGGUUUUAAGCAACCAAAGCUUGUUCGUUGGAGCCACAAAUGCUAUAUACCAAUUCGACCUUGAUCUAUACUUGGAAAUUGUGAUUAUCACAGGCCCUCAUAAUGAUUCGCAGAAAUGUGGAAUGAACUUGGAGACUUGCUCGGCCUUAUCUGAAUUGUCACCGAUGGACAACCACAAUAAAAUUUUGUUGCUUCAUUCCGAUACACUUGUGAUCUGUGGAAGUCUUUUCCAAGGGAAAUGUUACAUCAUGGAUAUCAAAAACAUCAGCGAAGUCUCUUUUCCCGGAAACACACCUGUUGCAUCCAAUGAAAUUGAUGUGAACACAAUUGCAUUCAUCGCACAAGUUAUGAAUAGUGCUACAAAAAGAAUGGAAACAAUGAUUUAUGUAGCUACCGAAUUGUCAAGGUUCGACAAGUCCAAAAAUUCAUUAGAAUUUUAUCUUAGACGAUCCCAUCCCCUUGUUAGUACUCGACUUUUAGAUUUUUCACUUCGUGGAAAAAUCACUUAUGAAACUGAAAAUAAAUAUAUGAAACCCGGGUUAAUAUUAUAUGUUACUGGAUUCGCUUCAGGAAAUUACAGCUACAUCUUAUUCAAUGAAAAGAAUCCAGACGAUACACGUUACAACACUAAAAUUGUUCAUAUGUGCAGAAAAGAUGACCUACUCAAAACAUUUUUGGAAAUACCAGUAACUUGCACGACAAAUAACAAAACAUUCAACAUUCUAAAGACUGCAAAGAUUUUUAGACCUAGACAAAUCUUAUUAAAAUCACUUCAGGAACAGUUUCCUGACCUUACAUCAGAUGAUGAUGUCAUAAUCGGACUUUUCAGUCAUAGUGUAGACAACAGUUCAGCUUUAUGUCUGUUUAGUAUGCCAGAAGUAAAAAAGACAGUUCUUAUCAAUAUAAAGACAUGCCUUAAUGGAAACACAGAUUAUGCAGCUAAUUUAAAGUACAAAAAUGGAUUAAAAUGCACAAAAGUAGAUCUGAAUUUUUUUUCUGAUGAUGAGUUGCUGUGCUCUAGUACACUAAAUUUGAUAAUUGCUGGGAAAACUCCAUUAAUUGCUGCUCCAGUCAUCCAGUUUCCAUUAACACAAGACCACUUGGAAUCUUUGGUUGUAACUUUCACCACAGAACACACUGUAGCUUUCCUGGGAAGCUCCCUUGGACACAUCAGAAAGGUUGCACUGCAAACAUCCAGCAAAGCAGAAUUAUAUGAUUCCGCCAUUGUAGUGGACGAGGGUCAUGCGAUAAAGCAGGAUAUGGUGUUUGACAAUUCCCAGAUGUAUCUUUACGCCAUGAGUGAUAGAAAGAUAGCCAAGAUACCAGUACAGAAUUGUAGCCAGUACACAACAUGUAGAGGCUGUCUGUUAAGUAAUGACCCUUACUGUGGGUGGUGUGUCCUAGACCAUAGGUCUGUAUCUGAUUGCCGGACGCUUGGCAAAGGAACAGUCACUAAAUGCUCACUGAGGAACGAGUGCUACAAUCCUACACGUAAUCGAUGGAUUCACGGUCCAAAGGAAAAAGACAACUGUCUCGAAGUUCUUAAUGUCUCCCCACCAAUGUUCCAUGUCUCACAAAAUAUCAGCUUGCUUCUAACAAUCAUACGUCUGCCUCGAGAUGACAACGCUUCCUACAACUGUGUGUUUAAUUUUCCUAGCGUUGAUCAGGAAUUAUCCCCAGCUCGACAAUUGAGUUAUGGUAUUGAGUGUACAAUUCCUAAUGUUGAUGAUCUCGGUCUCAUCUUCGACAGCAGUCUGGGACAUAUCAACAUAAAUCUGGGUAUUCAAUCCAUUGAGACAGGACAAGUGAUUGUGUCAACAUCUUAUCUCAUCUACAACUGCAGUAGUUUUACCAGUUGUUCUAGAUGUGUGGACAAUGUUUACUGGUGUGACUGGUGUUUAAGAGAAAACAAGUGUCAGUAUAAUACUGAUUUUUGUUCAGGGGAAAGUGUCAGAAGUCGAAAUGCAAGAUACCUAUCCACAAAACAGCAUUGA